AUGUUUAUGGAUAACGAUUAUAGCGAAUUCUUAUUGUACUUUUUAAGAGAAGAAUCUGGCUACGCCAUAAUGGUUAUGAGACUGAUAAGAAGUAUCAGUUAUACCUUUCACCUUCAGGGGGUCAUCUGUCAGAUAACUUUACUCUAUUAUUUUAUAUCGGAUCAGCUAAAAUUGGGUUUCUCGGAACUGAAUUGUCGGUUAAAACAUUGCUCUAUGGAAAAUAUUUUAUGUCCCGUCAAAAAUUAUAGAGAUUUAGCUUUACAUCACUCAAUGUUAUGCGAUUUAGUUAUAGAAAUAGAUAGCCUUUUCUCGCCUGUUGUAUUCGUGUGUUUUAGUCAAGUGCUAGUCAGUAUCAGUGUACAAGUUAAUGGUAUCGUUAUAGGAGAAGAAAUGUAUUCGGGAAAAACUGGUUUAUUUAACUUAUUUACCGAUUUGUGUUUCUCUAUCUCUGUUAUAUUUACUAUUUGUUAUUCCGGAUUUACUGUUAUGGAAACGGCUGCAGAAGCAGUACCUUCCACUUUAUCCAUUCAUAAAGCUAUGCCUAUACCCGACGCCAUAUUUAAUGAAUUGCAGAUCAUUUUGUUCCGUCAGAUUAGUUAUCCAGUUUCGCUAACGGCCGGAAGAUUUUUUACGCUAUCACGUGAUGUAUUACUCACUCUAGGAAGUGCUAUAGUUACUUAUAUCAUUAUUUUAAUGGAAAUUGAUCAUUAG